AUGGCUUUCCCAAGUUGCUCUACAAACCAGACUCAUGGACCAAGGCAGGUGAGCAAUAUCAUCUUCAUCGAUUCCCCCGUUGGAACCGGCUUCUCAUACUCCAAAACAGAGGAAGGAUACAAAUCGAGUGAUACCAAAGUUGUCACCCAAAUUGUCAUCUUCAUCAGAAAGUGGUUUGAUGAGCACCCAGAGUUCUUGUCGAAUCCUUUUUAUGUUGCGGGUGAUUCCUACUGUGGUAUUACUGUGCCAGGCAUCACCCUUGGAAUAGCUAAAGGGGUAGAAGAUGGCAGUGGAUCAGCUCUCAAUCUAAAGGGCUAUCUUGUGGGGAAUCCAGUCACAGCUUAUUGGUACUACGAUAAUCCAGCUAAAAUUCCAUUUGCGCACGGGAAGGGUCUCAUAUCUGACGAAAUGUACCAGGAGUACAAAGAGAGCUGCAAUGCAUGGGAAUUCAGCCAGGAGUGCACAAAAAGUCAUGCUGCCAUCGACGAGUGUGUCAAGGACAUAUGCCCAAACCACAUCCUGGAGCCCCUGUGCGCUUUCGCGAGCCCGCGUCCAUACAAUCUGAAACUGAAUUCAAGCGCACGAGAGAUGCUCCAGCUGCAGGAGGACUACACUGCCAGGGCCGGGCUUCAGCUGUCUGAGAUUUCUACAGAGUGUAGAACCGCGGAAUAUAUGCUGUCCAUGAUAUGGGCGAACAAUGACACUGUUAGAGAGGCUCUUGGUAUCCACAAAGGAACGGUUCCUUCAUGGCUAAGAUGCAACUUCGACAUACGGUACACCAACGAUAUUUUCAGUUCGGUGGAGCACCAUCUGGAUGUGACCACCAGAGGCUACAGAAGCCUGAUCUACAGCGGCGAUCAUGACAUGAUUGUACCUUCCAUCGGCACGCAGGCCUGGAUCAAGUCUCUCAACUUCUCCGUUGUGGAUGAGUGGAGACCGUGGUAUGUCGAUGCACAAGUUGCAGGAUAUACAAGGUCAUACUCAAAUAACCUCACCUUUGCAACUGUCAAGGGCGGUGGACAUACUGCUCCGGAGUACAUGCCAAAGCAAUGCCUUGGUAUGUUUGCAAGGUGGCUUUCUGGUGAGCCUCUUUGA